AUGCUUUUAUCAUUCCUCCCGAGCGCCCUCCUCAUAACCCUCGCCAUACAUAGUGGGGUGAGUGUUGCGGCCGACGAGAAGGAUAAGGUCGUGGAACCGUGUACAAUCGCCUCAUCCACUGGAUCAUUCUAUGAUCUAAGGAAGCUCACUAUUCAGCCUCACAAAGAUGGAAAGAAGGCCAACAAGAACGACAAAGUGGAUGACUGGCACGCGAAAGGAUAUGAUUACCCAGCGAAUUUCACCCUCAACAUCUGCGCCCCGGUCAUUGGAGAAAUAGACCGUCCCAUUGGGGUCGACAAGCAUUUAUCGCAGAACGUCAGUGCCUAUUAUGAGUCCAAGGGUGAAAUAUAUUCCAUAGGCCAGCAAUCGACAAACCUAACUCUCCGAGGAAGACGGCUAGUAUUACAAUACACCAAUGGCUCCCCUUGCCACGCAGACAAAAGACGAUCCUCCGACGACGACGACGAAGACGAAAAGAAGAGCAAAAAAGACAGCAUCCGCCGCAAAUCGACCCUCAUAUCCUUCCACUGCGACAAAGACCCCCUCGCUACCCAACCCUCCCUUACCUUCGUCGGCGCCUCCCCAGACGAAUGCUCCUACCACUUCGAAGUCCUCUCCAAAAACGCUUGCAUUGGCUCGGAGCCCGCAAAACAAGGCGUCGGCCCCGCAGCAGUCUUCGCCAUCAUCGGCGUCAUCGCCAUCCUCGUCUACUUCCUCGGCGGCGUCUUCUACCAGCGGAAUGUAGCGCAUGCGCGCGGCUGGAGACAGCUACCCAAUUACAGCAUGUGGGCCGGCAUAGGCAGUUUUGUAAAGGACGUCUUUAUAAUCGCCACCUCAUCUUGCGCACGCUUCAUGCCCCACCGCCAAGGCUACUCGACCCUCCCCGUGUCUAGCAGCAGCCGCGGGCGAAGCAAUGGACGGGGCCCAGAAGAUGAAAAUAGGUUGAUUGACCAGCUGGAUGAGGAAUGGGAUGAUUAG